UUGGCAUUUCUUCUCUGAUGGAGCCAUCUGUUCAGCCUAUUAAUGUCAAUGAAGAUGGCCAUAUCACUGAUGAUUCUUCUUUUCAUCUUUAUUCAAAGCUUCUUGAAAUGGUCUACAAUAAAUCUUACAAAAUUGUUCCUGUCUCUUGGGUUUUCCUUCGUAGCCUGUUCUACCGCUCAGAUGAGAAAUUUAUUUCUAAAUCUAAUCUCUUAGAGAAAGCAAAGCAAUGCAAUAUGGAUGAUGAAUCACUCGAUAAUUUUUGCAAGUUUUAUACCUCUUUUGGUAACAUAUUUGAUCUCACACUCAUUGAUCCCAAAUACAAGUAUGUCAUUGUCAAGCCAAUCGGCUUUCUAAAGUCUCUCAACACUCUUCUUUCACCAACCGACAAAUUACAUCAAGAGCAUCCUUUGCUAAAAUAUGGGAUUGUCUCAGAGUCAGCACUGCAAAACCUUUUCUGUGAAAGGUGGGAUGCAUUUAUUGAAGCAUUAAUUCUCCUCAACCUUGCCACAAAGAUCGAAAACGACAGCAUUGAAGAUCUGGAUAGCAGCAACAAUGAUUCCAAUUACUUUGUUCCCCUUUGCCAUAGAUCUGCUGACGAUCGCCAGCCAUUGUAUGUUGAUCCUUCAUCAGUAUAUUUAGUAACAACACUCGAUACUCCUCAUGUUCAAAAGCAAGCACUUUUUGUACAGCAACUUUUACAUUCAAUCCCAGGCUCAAAGCUUGUCAAACACACUGAUAAGAUAACAGUUGCUGUGAAGGUUGCUGCUCAAGAUCAAAGUUGUGCUGAUAACACAAUUACCAUGAUUUCAUCAAAUCCAUUCACUCAAUUUAAAAUCAGUGACGCAAGUAACAACGAAGCCUGUUUUAAGAUAGUUGAAGCUAUUCAUCAUAUCAUUCAUGAAAAAAACAGAGAGGGCGAAGUCAAGUACAUGUACAUCAUUCCAUGUGCCACAGAGACAGGCAAUCAAAUACCUAUAAAGUCAUUGAUGAGUAAAGCUACAUGCCAUGUUCUAUCAGGUGAUAUGCAUUGUGAAAGGCGUCAUGAAGCUGGCAAAAUCAAUCCUAGUUGGCAUGAGGCUUUGAAAAUGAAACAGUUUUCUAUUCCUAAAGAAUGCUCAACAGAAAAAGCCAUUAAAUCAUCAGAGUUAGUAUUCAUAGCCGAGCAACUGUCUGGCAAAAACUGUGAUAAAGAAAAAGUUGCUGAGGUUUUUGAGUUUCAUCAUAAUCCAGAUGAUCCAGUACUUCAGCCUCAAUUUCCGAAAGAUGUGCUCUUUACUGAUAUACUCAUCACCUGGUUCAAAAGCUAUAGAUCUGAAGCUGAGCUAAGAUACAACCUUGCUCGGAAAAUAAUUCAAUUACAUGAGCAUCAUCCAAAUAUUGGCAUUGCUUUUUUUCAAGACCUGGCUGCAGAAAUUUAUGGAGCAAUGCCUAAACAGCUCUGAAGGAGUACAAAAAAAGACAUCUAUAUUAUUAUUAUUAUUAAUUAUUAUGAAUUAUUAAUAUAAUCA